AAUGUUUACUGCCAAGGGUGCCAAUGCCAUUUAUGUUAAAGGAUUACGACUUUGGUACUUUCGAGAAAGGGAAGGCAGUAGUUCAAGCGAAGAAGAUAAGAAAGCAGAGAAUGAACAAACUCCAAUUGAAAUCGGUUAUAUGAAUGUAAUUCCAAAAUGCAUUGACUCUAAUAGGAAAUAUCCUUUAUAUGAGAACUUGCCGGAAACAUAUGCAGCUGUUAAUCAAUUCCUGAAGGAAAACCCGUUAGACGGUAAAAUAUUAGCCAUAGAGACGGUGCCUUUAAAAUUGCCGCACCGAAAGUGGCAAGGACCCGAAGUAGAUCCAGAUCAAACCUAUUGGCCGGACACUUAUUUAAGGCAUUUAUUAUACAUCACAAGAAUCUAUUUCGUCUAUGGUCCACCGGAUGAAGAAACGAUUGGUGCUGAAGAUUUCUUACCCGAUUUUCUUUCUGCCCCGAAAUGGUAUCGAAUGUAUGGAAUCUAUCCUAAAUAUGCGAAACUGAUUAGCGCUAUGCAGAAAGCGAAAAAUUGGAUUCAGACAGUAGAAGUAAGUCGUUAUUAUUUCUCAACUUAAUUGCAUCUAGUCAAAUUUUUUCAAUUUUCCUCCAACCAAAUUAUUUAAGUAUAGUAAAAUUGCGAAAGGCCGCCUUAGAGAUCAAUCGAUAUUCCCUGCUUCGGGCUCUCAAAGUGAUUCGAAAUUAGGUCAAUACUCUACGAUAUAUAUAUAAUUUUUUUUCAAUGUAUCCGUUUAGAGAUGUAUAUAAAUAUGAAUAUAAAUAUAUUCUAUAUAUAUGCCUACAUUCAGAUAUAUAAUCAGACUUAGAAAGAUACGGCUAAAUAGAUAAAUAUUUUAAGAAAUAAGAAAAGAAAUCUUUUUUUUUCAUAAGAAAGUAUAUGAAUAUUGCUGGUUCUCCUCUAGAUAUUUCCCUUUUCUCUUAUACAAUAGGGGAAAAAAUCAUUCAGGGGAAUUAAAGUCAAUACAUAAAUAUAUGGAAUCUAGUCGUGUUGAUAGCCUGUAAAAUAUUUAUAGCCGUUUAUUCAAUCUUUAUUUUAUAUAUAAUCCUCUAAUUGGGGAAUUGUUCGGAGAGCCUCAUCUUCCCCAUCCCUUUUUCAUUUUCUUUCUCUCUUUCUCUUUCUGCUCCGAUCUAUUUGAUGUAAGAGACUGUAAAUUUUUUAAAAGCACUAUAGUAAAAUCUCUAAUGGUAAGGGAAUCGGUCCAAAAAAGAAAACGGAAGAAAAAAUUUCCUUGAUUAGUUGAAGUAAGGAAGAGAGGGGGGAAAGGGGGUGGGGUUGACGGAUGGAAAAUAUAGGUUUUAGUAUAGGACUAUAGAUGACGCCACCAACCGUUUCUUUAAUUUUUUCACUUAAAUUUUAUCCAUGUUUGCUAUAAUUCUCUCUCAUUUUUCACAAUAAUUUCCUAAAUUUCCUCUACUUAUUCACACCUUCUGUCCACUUGCUUCACCUAUUAGAACGUCAGAAUCGCCAAUAUCCAAACCCUGGAGACGUUGUUUCGUGGUAACGCAGGUAAUAUUUACAUUUCUCCGUAUUUCCUCAGUGCCUAAUUCUUUUUCUUUGUACUUCCUUUUUUGUUUUCCCCUAAUUGACCAAAUGAAUUGAUUGAUAUAUAAUCCGGCUCAAAAAUUACUGGUAUACUGUUUUAAUAAGUAACAUUAUCUCGUAUAUAUCGAAUAAUUCUUGAGAUUAACUUUUAAUCACUCAUCAAAUGUGUAACUUUACUUUUUCUCUUUUCUUGAAAACGUAAGAGAAAAAAAU